GGUUUGUCCUCUGCUGGAAUUUGCCAAACCUGGAGAGAAGCCUGUGCUGUUGGAACCAACUUAUUCUAGGGGGUGAUGGGAGUCCCCUUGUUCCUACCUCUUCUUGCCACUGGGAGUGACUGGGCUGACUCCAAGCCCUCACAGACUCUGGGCCCUAUGCUGCUGUGGACAGCUGUGCUAUUUCUGGCUCCUGUUGCUGGGAUACCUGAUCUCCCGAAGGCUGUGGUGAAACUUGAGCCCCCAUGGAUCCAGGUGCUGCAGGAAGACACUGUGACACUGAAAUGUCAAGGGACCCGCAAUCCUGAGAACCACUCUACUCAGUGGUUCCACAAUGGGAGCCUCAUCUCAGGCCAGACUCAGCCCAGCUACAAGUUUAAGGCCAAGAACAAUAACAGUGGGGAGUACCGGUGUCAAAUGGACCAGACAAGCCUCAGUGACCCCGUGCAUCUGGAUGUAUUUUCUGACUGGCUGCUGCUCCAGACCUCUCAACUGGUGUUCCAGGAGGGGGACACCAUUGUUUUGAGGUGCCACAGCUGGAAGAACAACCCUCUGAACAAGAUCACGUUCUACCAAAAUGGAAAUUCCAAGCAGUUUUCCCAUUUCAAUGUCAACUUCUCCAUCCUGUCAGCAAACCACAGUCACAGUGGUGAUUACUACUGCAAAGGAAGUAUAGGGAGGACGCCCUACUCAUCAAAAUCUGUGACCAUCACUGUCCAAAGGCUCAAGUCGACCCACCCUUUACUGGAAAUGAUCAUUGUGCCUGUGGUUAUCGGGAUUGUUGUAGUAGCCAUUGUGGCUAUUGUAGUAGUCACGAUCUACCUCAAGCAAAAGCGGACUUCAGCUCUCUCAGGAAACCCUGAGCACAGGGAAAUGGGAGACACCCUCCCUGAGGAACUAGGUGAGUACAGCAUUCCCUCUGGGGGCUCAGUGAUGUUCCACCCAGGGCUGCCAGAUGGAUCGGAGCCAGCAACCAGUGGCUUAUCCAAUGUCAUUGACUCUGAGGAUGCUGCCAAAACUGGAGCUGAGAACACAAUCACUUAUUCACUUCUCAUGCACCCGGAAGCUCCAGAGGAAGAGCCAGAUUAUCAGAACCGCAUUUAGUCUCCAUUGUCUUACCCCUGGUAUUUCUGGAAGAGAUUCAAAAGAAGCAAGGAUCUGGUGUCUACUGGCCUAAAUCCCCCCUGGAGAGGUGGAGGGAAUUCUGCAGGAGGACUAUUCCAGAGUUACCUCUGGGAGUCCUCAAGUUUUCUAUAUUAAAACCAACAGAAAAUAUGGUCCCCAAUGGCUGGCUGUACUGAAUCCAUCUGUGUCUCAGCACUUCCCAACAUGAAGACUCUUGGGUUAUACGUCCACACAGCCACAAUAUCACUAAUAAAAUUACUGUCACUAAGA